AUGGAGGACGAUCGAACUCGUUCUCAGGAGCCAGACUGGGGAAGGCUUCGGCCAAGACCCUUCACCGAACGCAUAAGGCGCUCCCGGCAAGACAGAGACGUACAGCCCCUACGCAUAACCCCUUACACAGGAGUGGAGGAUCCACUGACACACCUUCACUCUUUCCAAUCGGCUGUAGGGUGCCGAGGGCUAAGCGACGAAGGACUGUGCCUUCUGUUCCCCUCUUCGCUCACAGAAGCGGCUCUGAACUGGUUCUACCGUCUGGAACCAGGAACGGUAGAUUCCUUCGACGAGCUAAAACAGAUUUUCCUGAACCAUUUUAUGAUUCAGACGGACAUACUGUAUUCUGCCGAUGAUCUGUAUACCAUCCGGCAGAGAGAUUACGAACCAUUGCGUGAGUAUGCCGCACGAUUCAGCCAUGAAUACUCGAGAUGUCUAGAUACCGAUGACAGGGCAGCCUACGACGCCUUCAAGAGUGGCCUACGGUCCUCACACUUUCGAUAUCUGGUACACAGCAGCAAUUGGCGUACGUACGAUGAACUCAUGAAGCAAGCGGCAAUCCACACCAAAGCUGACUACUUCAACUCGAGGGCCGAGCCCACGGCUCGGCAGAGCGAACCCAUACAACGGUCCUCCACGGCACAGGCAUCGCCGUUCGCGCCAGCAGCACAAACUGCCGGAUACCUUGAAAGCCACAAGCGCAAAGAUGCCGGAAGCUCCCAAAAGGGGCAUUCCAAGAAAAAUAAGAGCAGGUACGGCAGGGACAACUACCGAGCCCCACUACCGGCACAUAACCAGGGGACAGAGGUGUUCACCCUGCUCAAUACCUCCUACGAGGCGGUGCUGAUGAACGAAAACGAGAUAAUCCCGAAGCCAGCGUUCCGGAAGCCUAAUCGGCAAGAUGGCAGGGAUACAGGAAAAUUCUGCCGAUACCACCAGCAGAAUAGCCACAACACUGAGGACUGCAUCAGCUUGCGGAAAAUCGUCGAGCGGCUCAUUCGGGAGGGCAAGCUGGAUCAAAACAUAGCCAGACCCCAGCAGGCGCCAAUGCCGAACGCCAAUCGGCAAAUCAAUAUGAUCAGCACGAUCAGCGGUGGCCCAACCCUCGCCGGGGCAUCUAAUCGGUCAAUGAAGCAGUAUGUCAGGGCGGCACAGUACCCCCAAGUUCUCGGCAUUGAAAGUAGCCGGCACGCCAAGAUGCCGAAAGUCAGGUGGGAACCCAUCACCUUUUCUGAGGAAGAAGAGGAGGGGAUCAUAUACCCGCAUGAAGACCCUAUGAUAAUCUGA